AGGAUACGUGAAGAAUUUGGUGGUGUAACUGCAUGUACAUACAUACACACUCCUGAGCAAAAAAUGAUCAGUCUAUGCAGGCUAAACCUUCUUUUCAUCCUUUGGAUGUCAGCGAUGUUUGUGUGCUCGGGUUACCCAGUUGGCCCUUCCAUGAGCAGCAAUCCUUUCUAUUUGAAUUGCCAGCUGUACGGAAAAUCUGAUUACUGCCUGGUGCUGCUGAAUAGCUGCUUAGCCAAGGUGGGCAGGAGCGAAGAGGUGGCUCUCCUGGAGCCCCACCUGGAGAUGCCUUUCAACAAACGGUCCUUUCGCAACGGUGUGGGAUCGGGAAUUAAAAAAACUUCCUUUCGAAGAGCAAAGUCGUAAACAAGUGUUCCAAACCACGCGCUCGGUUUUAGCAUCCCAUGCCUAACUUUGUGCUUAAAAUCACCUUAAUGCUUCUCUCUGAUAAAGCCGUCAGAGACAAAUGUACCCGUGUCUUCAUCUUGUAAACAGAUGUUUAUUUCAAAGAGCACAAGCCAAGUGGAGCAGAUGGAGGCGCUCAGAACGGGCUUUGUUUCCGGAGUUACAGUGUCAUAAAGUUUUGUAUGGAAAUGAAUGUUUUCAUUUGGUUAAUUCCCCUUCUUUCUAAAGCUACGGAUUCAAUCAGCCGGCUCCUGGUUAGCGCAAAGGCAGCCGUCCUGUCCCGACCCCUCUCAUUGCUGCCAGCUGCUGAUCUGCAGGGCAUUUAAUUCCUCAUUUCUGAAAGGUGUGAAGGGCCACGGCUGAAACAGUCUGGUCCUGCUUGCAGCUUCUGCUUUCUCUGUAAUGUCGUUAUUUAACAUAGCUUUACUGGGAAAUAACGUCUUCAGAUGUGUGAUCUCAUUUCCAGAGGAGUCCUGGGAAGCCACACUGAGGCUGGUUACGAGCAGCUCCCAUUGCCUCAACCAACUGACUUGUGUAGGGAACACACAUCUGAAGAAAUGUGUUUCUGCUCACGACUGCAGGUGUGGCACAGUAACUACCAACGUCCUUCUUAAUUCCCUGUAGAGAAUUGCAUAAAAGAUUCAUUUGGUCUGAAGAUAUGUAAGCAUUGUGUGUAGGAAUGGUCAUCUGCUGUGUAAGGUUUCCCUUGUGGCUGUAUCUUCUGAAUGCAAUGUAACUUUGCUUUGAAAAUGUUGAAAAUUAUCUGUGCAAUGCAUUUUGAACUGAAAUUGAAAAUAACAAUAAAUAAGUAUGUGGACCCUUUCUAACAUUUCCCUAUUAAAUAUCGUAACGCAGGAGGUUGCUGUUCCAUCAACAUAAGGCUGGGUGGCACAUCGCUCCCUGCCACUGCCAGCAGCUCCGCUCCUGCAUUUUGCACCAUGAGCCUAUGGAGCAAAGAGACCUGAGCAUGGAGCAGUGCAAGUGUUGCUUCAUCAUAUAAUGAGAGAAUCACAGAAUGUUUGGGUCGGAAGGGAUCUUCAAGUUCAUUGAGCCCCACACCCUGCUGUGGACUGGGUGCCCCCCCCAGCUCAGGCUGCCCAGGCAGGGCCCAUCCAUCCAUGGCCCCAUCCAAGGAUGGGCACCCACAGCUCUGGGCAGCAGUGCCAGCGCCGCACUGCCCUUUGAGUAAAGGAACUCCUCACAUCUGACCUAAAUCUCCCUUCUUCUAGCUUAAAACCACUCCUCUCUGCCCAUAUCUGUACUGAAGUAGUGAAGCAUCACACGGUUACAUCCUGAUUAAGCACUUUGACUCCUUUUGCCCUCUCCCAUUCUGGCUGCUGUGAUUUCAGAGGCUGCAAAUGCCCUGCUGGUGCAAACUCCUUGCUUCAAGCUCUCACAGCCUGGGAAGCAGCGUGGCAAUGCCUUUGGCUGCGUGAACGUGAAGGUGAGGUGGGUAUCCUGGCCUAUGACAAGUAGGUGCCAAGAGGAGAGGUGCUCCCCUGCCCAGCACUACUUCAGGGCCUUUUAAUUAAGGAAAAGAAGUUACUGGGCUGGAAUUAUUCCCUUGUGCAGAUAUUAGGAGUGUACUCUGCAUCUGUGCAUGCCUGCAUUCAGCAGCAUGGUCCUGCUGCAGUGCAGACACCAGGGGCUCUGGCCCUGCAGCUCCCAACACCACCUAGUUUCUUUGACAGGGUGAAAGAAAAUGAUAAUAAAAACUUCCAGAUUUAGCUUUAUGUUGGGCUUUCACAUCCAUUACAGUAAGCUUUGUUUCUACAUAAUGAAGUGUGUUCCUGCCUUGGCAAUGUGUGAUAAUCUUGGUUGUCUGUGAUCCUCCACAGCCAUACAUGGAGCUCUGAAAAUCAACUUACUUUUCACUUUUUGUGCAGGUCUGCAACCAGCCUAUGUAGCGUUUGGUGACUGCCUUUGAGCAGAGGGUGUUCAAAGAUGUGGAUUAUCCUGCUGCCCUGUAGCAGCAGUUCUGCUGUCAGUGGUCUACUCUCACCUCACCCAGCACUGGUGCUGCCUUCAGCACGAAAUGCUAAACUCCUUUCUGAACUUUAAAGGUUGCUUUAUGUUGUAAGAAACAAGAGAGACCUCAGUGAUCUCUGUCAUUACUCUGAAAAGGCAUUUUGUUGACUUUUUUUUUUUUUUUUACUUUUUUCUUUGCUAAAAUAAGAGAAAGCACAGAGCAGACCAGUGGGCAGGCAGAAUGAUGCUACAUCUAGGACUGAGGACCAGGCUGAGGAGCUGGAAUGCUUCACUCCAUCACAGGCAUUGAUGGCUGGGACCUCAGCUUGAUCAACUGAGACCCGGCUUCUGAACGUCUUCAGCGUGAACCUUCCAGAGGACAUAAAAGGGCUCGACGCGAUAAGAAAUGAGCUAUCGAGUGCUGCUCUUGAGACAUCAUCCUCAACUCCUUGAAGUCAACAGAAAGCUACUGAGAGUCUUCAGUGGGCUUUGGAUCAGACGUUCGGCGUAUUAACGGUGAACGUGCCAAAUCUUCUUUUAAGAACGCCGUUUUAAGGGUCUCAUGGCUGAAGAUGGUUCUAUUUGCCAUAAGGAAGCACGGGGCGCUUUUACCAGCGGUCGUAUUUCUGUAGCUUUGUGUCACUCCUUUGGGUUUAUUUGGAAUGACCCCGGUACAGUUUUGUAUUUCUCGCAAUGCCUUGUUAAAUACAGCAAUGGUCGGAAACAACAGCAAGGUAAGCACUUGUUCAUGACUAACAAAACAUCGCCGGCAAGAAACAGCAAACACCACCACUCUCCAGGUAUCUGGCUUGGAGUGCAUGAAAAACUCUUUAUUUCUGAGAGUUACUUCUAAAAUUCUUGACCUUCAGGAAAUGGUUCAAUUUUCCCAUAAAUAAGCAAUGACUUUCACAUGUCAGUGGGGGAGAGUGAAGAGAUUGUUCUCUUUCUGUGAAUAUUUCUCUGCUGCGGAGCGGCGGAGGCAGAAGCUGGCGGUGCAGAGCCCGGCGUGGGGUCCUACAGCAGUAAAUGGGGCCGCCCCUCCCCCUCAUACAGCAAGCUCCCAUCACCCCCUAUGUCCCCAUGGGCAGGCACAUGGGUUGUACAUCCAGCAGACAUAAAGUUGUCCUGGAGGUCAGUCUCCACUUGGAUCCAUGAGCAAUUUCAGAUUUUCUUUCUUUUCAAUCAUACUCAAGCCAAAAUAAUAAUAAUGAAAAAAAAAAAAAAAGCAAUCAAAGAGAUAAAAGCCUGUGAUGUAUGGAUAUUCUGCCCUGUCUUCAUUUUCGUGUUCACAGGGUUCUGUUUUUAAUUGGGUGGGGCUGGGGAGGGAAGACAUGGCACUGAUUUCUUGCCAAAGCCUGAAGUCGCUGCAGGUUAGCAUUCCGUAAUUAUUUUUGUCAUAAAGAUGAAUGCCAUCCUAAAAGAGUUGGAAGCUAACGGCACCGCGGCUUUGAUAUAUGAAUAUUACCGCUUUGAAUGUUGGAAUGGCAUUAUCGAUGCUUUAUGGCUUUAUGACUGUGAGACAUUUCUUAGUCUCUGAUUCAGAAAUACAUUUCCUACGAAUUUUAUAGCGACUUUUGGUCUUUGACUUUCUCUCUCUCUCUCUCUCUCUCUCUCUCUCUUUUUUGGCUUGCCUUUGAUUUCAGGCUGCUCCUUGAAGUGAAUGUAAAAGAGCAUAAGAUUUUAGAGCUAUGAAACCCCAAACUUAGGCACAGAGGAGCCCCUUCCCCCCUCUAGGCUCGUGCCCUGCGAUGCCAUGGAGCAUAUUCCUGCACUCCAGCUCCUGCUGGGAAAUCACUGUCCUCGGAGAUAGCUGCUGCGAUGGGAAGCAGCUCAUGUGCAUUAUAUUUCCUGAAGUGUGCAGCCUCCUAGCUAUACAAAGAUCAUGCAAAUGUGGUAUUUAAAAGAAUAUAUUUGCAGAAUUGUAGUUUUUAAAUGAAAAUGGCAUCGUUUUGUUUAGAACGCGCUUCUCCCCUCACCCCCAGCCUGCCAAAGUGCUUCAGUUCGGCGCGUUACAAUAAGCACUUAUUUAAAAUACGUUUGAGGAAGCAGCAAAAUGGAAGACUGCCCUCUAACGUCAACAGAGCCACCAGAGGGGCUGAAAUGAAGUGAACGGCUGUGGAGGAGGAUUGAAAUGGGCCUCAACUUCUGCAGGUGGGCGGCAUUUUGGGGAGGGAACCAGCAUGUUGUAGCAGCACAGUCAGCGGGCACUGAAGGCCGUGCAGCCAGAACUGCACUGCUCUGUGCCAGCACUGUGGUAAAUACGGUUUGAAAAAAGGCCCCUGGGACUUUCUGGUGUUGAGAAAAGGUCUGUGAUUGUGCAAAUAUCUCAACAGCAUUGUAGAAUCAUAGAACUGCUCAGGUUGGAAAAGACCAUAAAGAUUAUCAAGUCCAACCACAGCCUAACCAUACUACCCCAUCCCUAACAGCCCUCCGAUAAAUCACGUCCCUGAGCACCACAUCCAAAUGGUUUUUAAACACAUCCAGGGAUGGUGACUGAACCACCUCCCUGGGGAGCCCAUUCCAGUGCUUAACAACCCUUUCUGUAAAGAAGUUUUUCCUGAUAUCCAAUCUAAACUUACCCUGGUGCAUCACCAUUACUCCAUCAUAAUGCUGGGUUUGGGAAAUGGGAACUGGCUCAGACUUGGCAGGGUCUAGCAAGGGCUUGGCGGAAGGUGUUGGAAGGUGUUUCAAAGAGAUUUGCUAAGUUAUGCAACUAUCCCAUUGCUGCAAGCUGCUGUAUCUCCUUGUAUUCCUACAGAAAACCCUUUAGAAUGCCAAACAGAGCUCAUUGUGUUACUACGUGGGUGUUUGAAAAGGUGGGCUCCAUGAGAAGGUAGGCUCUAAAUACAAAAUAUUUUCUAUUGUGGUGCCAGCUUUUUCAAUGCGCAGAUCAAAGUAAACGCCUAUUGGAUCUGUUACAGCUUCCUACUUCAAAAAGUUUACCCUAAGAACACUAUUAAAAAAAUAAUACUAAUCAGCCUUUGAAUUAAUACGUGCCAGUGAAAGAUUACUGAAGACAAGGCAUGAAUCACAGUUGGAACUCCAGCUCUGUUUACAUCCACAUCAUCAUUUCUGCCUCCUUGAGAACUGGCUGCUCCCGUGUUUCUGGAGUUGGUUUUGCAUUGCUGGCGGACGAUGGACUGCUGGGGGUGAGGACCACUGCUGGUCCUGUGGCUACCAAACCAUGCAGGAGUAUUUGGGGAAUUGACAUAAGAUAUGUUUCCCUCAGCACUCCUGGCUGCGGUGCUUAAUUUUCUGAUCAUUCAGCCAGCUCGUAGGAAUAUUCACAGGGAAAGAUCACCAAGGUGGAUGCAAAUUCAGACAUGAUUGAAACAUCAAUCACUGACUCACUGAAAAAUAUUUACAGCGUUUUCUAAGUUGAGAAAGGAAUAAUUUAAUGAAAUGUGCAUCCUAGGGGGGUUUUGCGGGGAAAUUUGAUGCCAAACAUUUGCACUCUAUGCAAAAACUGUGCACUCAUCAAGAACUGAAAAAGGCCAGAAAUGAAACAAAGGCCCAAAGGGGUUUCAAAGAAGCUAGCCAGAAACCUUCAUUUUUUUCCACUGGAAAUUCCAGAUCAUAAAAAAUGAAGCGGUCUGAGAAGAAUCAGUCAAUCUUGAUGCAGUCAUAGGGAGGAAGCCAGCCUGUCAGGCCCCCCUUUGCUCCCUCUGGUUUGGGAUCCAUGCUGACCACACAUCUGAGCACCCAGGCUGGCGUGGAACCCUCCGUGCAACAAGGAACUGAACUCCAGAUACCCAUCCUAUGCAUUUUUCUUUGGUUUUGCCACUUAACAGUACUUUUUUAGGUUCAAAAUUUCUUUGCACUGAAGUUUCUGGUCAUCCAUAAAAGAGAGGAGCAGCAAAGCAAGCUGAAAGCUAAUGACUGUAAUUUAUAGACAAGUUGUCCCAGUUUAACAACGCGCACAAGUUCCUGUCUCUAAAAAAUUGGUGCACUUAUUUAAGUUAUUAAAAGUAUUUCUUCUUUUUUAUUUCAGUGAUUCUGAGAUAAUCCAAAGCAAACUGGGCAUUCAAGGUGCUAAGAUGCCAUAAAAAGAGAGCAAAGUGCCCAGGCUUGGAGGGCUGCUGCCUCACAGAAUCAUAGAAUGGCCUUGGUUGCAGAGGACCACAGUGCUCAUCCAGUUCCAACCCCCUGCUAUGUGCAGGGUCGCCAACCAGCAGCCCAGGCUGCCCAGAGCCACACCCAGCCUGGCCUUCAAUGCCUCCAGGGAUGGGGCAUCCACAGCCUCCUUGGGCAACCUGUUCAGUGCGUCACCACCCUCUGAGUCAAAAACUUCCUCCUCAAUGGACUGCUCCCAGAUGGCAGUGCAGGUACUGAUGGUGGGUUGUGAGUCUGGCCUAUGUCUCAUCAUGUUUAGCAUGGAGGUAUUAACCCUGCAGCUGCACUAACGUGGUGCACUGGUGGGGUGUCCAGGGCCAGCGUGAGCACAGGGGCACAGGGUCUGCAGCUGAUGGCCAUACUGGCUCUGCAGCCAAGGGGCUGAGUAAAGCUCAAAGUGCUUGUGCAUUAUUAUAAGCAUUUCUUUCUUUUUUUGUUUGUUUGUUAGUUUUUUGGGUUUUUUACAUCUUAGCUAUAGCAUGGUGUGAUUUCCCAGGCGUAAAGGAGGUGUUCUGCCAUGCAUUGGCAUCCAUUUGGGGUACAUAUGUGUAGGCUUAAGACUGCCUGCUAGCAGAUGGAGCCGGUGCAGAUGGCAUGGCUAUCACAUAUGGGAAGGAGUGUUUGAUUCCUCCAAGUGGGAGUGCGAUGUUAUUCUCAAUCUGAGGGGUCAGAAGUGCUCUCACUUAUCACUUAGCAUUCUUGGUACCUGCUAUUUCAGGACAGACAAAUCUGUAAAUAUUGCAUGUCCUGGCUCAUUACUGGAAGCUUGGGUGGGAUCGGCGUUUGAGUGGUAUUUUGAGAUAAGGCAUUCAAUAUCCUGGAAGUUAUUUCUGAUAAAUGUUGAUUAAUUGCUAUUUCUUUUUAAUAAAUAUCGUGAGGAGAGAUGAAGCUCUUCUCCACACAGCCAUAACCUGCUUUAAAUUAAAAUUCAGGAGAGUGAUGGGAACACGCCAUUGCUGAACAUGUGGGGAGGGCAGGGAAAUAUUGCAGGGCUCUCAUUUUCAAGAAACAAUUCCUAUUGCUCUCUUUCCAAACACAGUGCACCGUCGUGGGUAGAGACCGGUAUUAAAUCUGUCUUGCUUUUAUCUUGUUCUUAACAUCUCGGUUCGAAAUCCAAAGAAACUUGCUCAGAAAAGCAAGGAUCCCUCUAACAAAGCAGCAUUCUGGCAGCAUAAACAACAGCCGAGCUCGAAAGGGAAUGAAACCCCCAUAUCCGUGCUCUCCUGCCAUUAUGUAACCUAUUAAAAGCAAAGCACUCUGCUGCAGUGACUGAGUGCUUUUGUUGCAUGGAUUUUCUUAGAAUUUUAAUGGAAGAAACCGAGUAACAAGUAAGAUUCUUUCACUUUAAUAGCUGAUGGAGUGGACUGUAUGGAAAGUGAGCGCGAUGCCUUUUAUCUUUUCCUAAUGAAAACACUGCCACCAGCUGGCAAACCCAUGGAUUUGAUUGGGGUUUUAUACAGGGGAAAAAAAAAAAAACCCACAGCUGAGAUGGGUGGGGUGUUUUAAGUCAAUAACACCAACUGCAGUCCGGACACCUGCAGGCUUUGUAAGGGAUUAAUUUAAAAUUAGGAGUAAAAGAAAGAGGCACAACCGAAGCGAUUGAAAUAGAUGGAAAUCAGUUUGCUCUGCUUUCUCAGGUUCGGGGAUUCUGUCCCUGGUGGUGGUGGUUCACAGGGGCUGGAAGGUCUGACGGCUGUGUGUUGUCACAGCUGCAUGUAGUGCUGUGUUUGGCACCAGGACUUUUGGAUGGUGCCAUAAGUGCCAUCAGCUCUUUCCUUGUUGUUUUCCUAAAAUACCCGUGGUGGCUCAGAGAUGUCAGCCACGCUGACGUUUCAAUUGCCAUGUUGGUUUUUACACCUCUGCUUGAGACGAUUCAUGUGCUCUAAGCAAUCGUUUCAGGUUCUCUGCAGACCCCGAGAAGAAUGCGUGUCACGUUUGUAGAGCUGCCAUAACAAUCAUGGGGAAGAGACAUCUGAUAAAGCAACGUUCUGCCCAAGGAUGAAAGCUGUAGAUGAGAUCUGUCAAAGCAAAGAACUGAGGAUCCAGCACACCUGGGGCUCAGGAGCAGCCUUAAUGAGGAGCAGAUCUCUGACUGCGGUGUCUAUAAACAAGUUGGCGAUGAGCAUGUUGGCAGCAGAAAGCUGAAUCAGCUAAGGACUGGUCCAGACUUUGAACCAUGUAAGUCUGAGACUGAUCUUCCCUUAGAAGAGGCUCCACUGGCCUCAGCUUAUUGUAAACUCUUUGGACAAGGAUGUGUAUUUGGACAGCAUCCAGCGUGGUGGGACCUUCUCUUGAAGCAUUGCCACUGUGAAAACAGUACACAAUAGCCAUCGUAUGCAACAUAUGGAAAGUUGUGAUAAGAAUGUCUUUCAAGCCUCUUAAUUAGAUGUGAUUUGUUGGCCAAAGGAGCACUUCAGAGGUGAGCAGGUAGGUGGACUUCACGGCUUUAUUUUUGCAUGCGUUUUCUGCUUUGAUGCUUUAGUCAGCUGGGUGGGAUUUUCCCACACACAGGAAAAGGAAAGCUUGUCUUAUUCUCUGAGGAUGCUGUAUGAAUGACUUGAGAUGCAAGAAAGCACAAACUGAGGAACAGAAAUAGGGCAGACUGAGGAAGUAACUCGUGAUACACUGCUUCUGUAAGGACAGAACAAAACGGGGGCUGCUCAGAAAGUAAAGCUGAAGAGUAAACACUGAUUAGCAAAGUAAAUGCGUGUUUGACCAUGUGGGAGUAAAUAAAGCCUUAUGGGAUAAAUUGAGACAAGGUUUUAAUAGUUUCUUUGCACAUUUUGGUAGGCGUGAGGGAAAAAGGAGCGGGUCAGCCUAUGCAAGCCUCAACUUCACUCUGGACACACACCAUCACGGCCCCAUGGCCACAGUCAUCCUCAUCCUCCACACCAGCCCAUGCCAUGCAGCAUGGGCACGGCCCCUAUGCCUGGAGCGCUUUGUUCCUCCUGGCUGAAUCUGUCCCAAAGCAUGAAAAAAUAGGUGAAAACUCUUCAUGGCUUGGUUUCAGCAUCCCUGCCCUUGGGCUGGCUACCUGAAUGGCCCCUACUUCAAUCAGUGGAAUGUGGUACCACCCACUGAAAAGGAGGGAAAUGCAAAUAGGCCCAGAAUGGUCAAACGGAGAAGCACUGCUGGUGAAUAGUGUGCUAUAUUGGUGGUAGGAGUAGAGCAGUGUGGCUCAGCAGCGUGGCUAGCUCGUUGUCUUUGCCAUCCCCUCGCUCCUCUGUGCAGAAGACAAAUCUCUUCCAGCAAGGUUUAAAAUAUGCUGAGUGUAAGUGUAGAAGCAUCACAGGAUGCGUCCAAAGUAAA